AUUUAUUGCAUGAAAGUGAAGUCGCCAGUCGCCACGCAGCAUUAAUAACCAGAGCAGAGAGGCAAACCCAGGCAGGCAAAAGAGUAGACUGAAGAAAGGCCAUCGACCAUGGCUUCUCCUUCCACCAUGGCUUCUCCUUCCUCCUAUUCUCUCCCUCCCCCUCCUCUCCCCUCCUUCACUUCUAUUCUGGUACAGGACAAGGAGGGAGACGGCGAGAAGGAAGAACGACAUGAGCAAGUCAAGUUCAAGGAUUUGCCUCGAGUCGAGUCUCACAUCCCCACUCCACUCCACAGUGGCUCUUCCCUGCGGCCACCACGCCCCAAAACAGGGCAGGCUGGAAACGAGGUCGGCACCGUCUCCUGCAAUAAGUGCCGCCCCACCUCCCGGGACAAGCUCAUCGUCCCCCUCGACCCCUCAGCCACUUCCUUCCCCAGCCCCGGUGGCCUCCUGCGCUCCCUCUUCUUUCCCUUCACACGCCACACCCCAGCAACUGCCGCCGCCGCCGCAGCCGGUGAUUUCCGCGAUGACCGGUGGAGGCUCGUGGCGGCGGAGCUGUCGAGGAAGAUCCUCCACGUCACACGCAAGCGCGACGAGGCGCUCCAGGAAGCUUCCCGCCUUAAGAAUUCUCUCGCUGAGCUCGAGCACAAGGUCGAUCUCCUCGAGUCAAACAUCCGGUCCAUCUCAAGCCGGCCGGUUCAGCCCGUCGCCUUCCCGAGUCAAGCCUUUCGCUUCGCAGUGGAAGACGCGCGCACCGCGAUGCGCCACUUCGCGCGCUUGCUGAUCGCCCACAUCCGGCCCGUCAAGAGGUCCAUGGACCGAUUCACGGGCCUGAUCCAGCCACUCGAUCCCCGGGCCGUCGCCGAAUGGCGGAGGAACCCGGGCUGGUUGCUCGUCUACACAGAGGCCCUGCUGAACCGGAUAUUCUAUUCCCGGUUGGAGGAAGGCGACGACGAAGAAUCCGGCCUAAUCGACCCAGUGGCUAGGUGCGAGUCGAACCGAGCCGCGUACGAGGCGGCUCGGGAACUCAGUUGGGAGGACGUGCUCAGCAAAGGGACGCGACACUACAGCGAGGGGCUGAGCCGGUUCUGCGAUCUGAAGAUGAGCGAGGUCGUGGGGACGGUGGGAUGGACGACUCCGGCGCAGGCACCGUGGCCGGAGGGGCUGCUGCUGGCCUUCUUCAUGGCGGCGAAGGGGGCGUGGGUGGUUCGACUCAUGACACGGUCGGUGCACCCAGCGGUUCCGGCGCUGAGGGCGGAGCGAGGGGCAAGGUUCGACGAGCGGUUCAUGGAGGACGUGGCGAGAGAUAGGGUGAGACGGGCGACGCCGGUGAGCGUGAGAGAGGUGGUGGCGCCGGGGUUUGACUUAUAUAUGGUGCCACACGGGAUUCUGAAGUGCAAAGUAGUGUGCGUGUAUUACAGCAACAGCAAAGAGUGGAGUAACGAUCACAUUGAUACGGUAAAAGGCGAUUCGUUCGCCUCUAGUACUCCCGUUAAUUCAUCUUUAGAAUUACACGGAGGAACUAAAUUAUAGAUAAUGAUUAAUCAUUAGUACAAGUGAUAAAGGCAUGUGGAGGACUUGCUUGGACUUGUCGAAUUUCAACUUCAA